CUGAAGAUGAGUUCUUCUUUCUCAUAAUUCGGCAUUCAUCACAAUCAAGAUUCACUAUGGAGGUGGAUCGAAGGUACAACCACUACUGCGAGCAAAUGCAAAUGGUGGUUAAUGCAUUUGAUCUGGUGAUGGGUUUCAGGGCGGCGGUGCCGUACACAGCUCUAGCUCAGAAGGCAAUGUCGCGGCAUUUCCGGUGCCUGAAAGACGCGGUAACAGCGCAGUUGAAGCACAGCUGUGAAUUGCUGGGAGAGAAAGAUGGUGCGGGGAAUUCAGGUAUAACCAAAGGAGAGACGCCGAGGCUGAAGAUGCUAGAGCAAAGCCUGAGACAGCAAAGAGCAUUUCAUCAGAUGGGGAUGAUGGAACAAGAAGCUUGGAGACCCCAAAGAGGCCUUCCCGAACGUUCUGUCAACAUCUUGAGAGCCUGGCUUUUUGAGCAUUUUCUCCACCCGUACCCGAGCGAUGCAGAUAAGCAACUGUUAGCACAACGGACUGGUCUCUCCAGGUGCCAGGUCUCAAGCUGGUUUGUAAACGCUAGGGUUCGUUUGUGGAAACCCCUGGUGGAACAGAUGUUCCAACAAGAAGCCGAUGAAGAAGGGGAUGUUGCAGCAGCAUCGGUAGAUCAAGAUCAGAUGUCAGAGCAAUGCUAUAACACUAGUGACUACCCAGCAGAAACUCCAAUGCCUCCGGCAACAACAACAUCAAUGUAAGCUGUCAUGUCAGUAAAGAUAACAACAGCUACAAGGUCUGAAGGUGCGUAUUGUUCAAGAAGCAUCUCUACACCUCGUCUCUUACAUCUAAACGGCAGCACAGCCCUUGCUUUUUUAUUGUCCUCAACCAAGUCGUGAUCCAUUAUCCUAACUGGUGUCUCGAUCGAUUGUAUUAGUUGUGCAGUAAAAAAUAAAAAAUAAAUAAAUAAAACAAACUAAACAGAAACCGUGUAUCUGUCGAUGAGAAUAUGAACUAUAGCAUUUAGGGUAG